CCUCUGGCCUCUUUGUGUCCUCCGAAUGUCUCCAGGUGUUUUGGGACCAAGUGUGCCGGCUGUGCCCAAGGCAUCUCUCCCAGCGACUUGGUGCGCCGGGCCAGGAGCAAAGUCUUUCACUUGAACUGUUUCACUUGCAUGAUGUGCAACAAGCAGCUCUCCACCGGCGAGGAGCUCUACAUCAUCGACGAGAACAAGUUCGUCUGCAAAGAAGAUUACCUGAGCAACAGCAACACUGCCAAAGAGAACAGUUUGCACUCAGUCACCACUGGGAGCGACCCCAGCCUCUCCCCGGACUCCCAGGACCCCUGCCAGGACGACGCCAAGGACUCUGAAUGCGCCAACGCCUCCGACAAGGAGGUGGGCAGCAAUGAGAACGACGACCAAAACCUGGGGGCCAAGCGGAGGGGGCCCCGCACCACCAUCAAGGCCAAGCAGCUGGAGACCCUCAAGGCCGCCUUUGCCGCCACCCCCAAACCUACCCGGCACAUCCGCGAGCAGCUGGCCCAGGAGACUGGCCUCAACAUGCGAGUCAUCCAGGUGUGGUUCCAGAACCGGCGCUCCAAGGAGCGGCGCAUGAAGCAGCUGAGCGCGCUGGGCGCCCGGCGGCACGCCUUCUUCCGCAGCCCGCGCCGCAUGAGGCCGCUGGUGGACCGCCUCGAGCCCGGAGAGCUGCUCCCCAACGGGCCCUUCGCCUUCUACGGAGAUUAUCAGAGCGAAUACUAUGGACCCGGGAGCAACUACGACUUCUUCCCACAGGGACCCCCUUCCUCGCAGGCCCAGACGCCGGUGGACCUCCCAUUCGUGCCAUCCUCGGGGCCCUCGGGGACGCCUCUCGGGGGCAUGGAGCACCCUUUGCCGGGGCACCACCCUUCUAGCGAGGCCCAGCGUUUCACGGAUAUCCUGUCCCACCCGCCAGGUGACUCGCCCAGCCCGGAGCCCAACUUGCCCGGCUCCUUGCACUCCAUGUCCGCAGAGGUGUUUGGCCCCAGCCCCCCGUUCUCCUCGAUAUCCGUCAACGGCGGGGGCAGCACCUACGCGAACCACUUGUCUCAUCCGCCCGAAAUGAAUGAGGCCGCUGUUUGGUAGCUUUGAACACCAAGGCUGGGCUUGGACCUGAGUAGCGACCGACCUCCAUCCUUGCUUAUCCUGAGAGGUGUACAGACGUAUCGGACAUUUUUUCGUUCCUGCCCUAAGACAAUAUAUAUAUUGUGUUUUUUGCGGGGUAAAAGGAUUCUCUUUUGCCCGAUUUUUUUCGUUUUUUUUGUUCUUUUGAGACAAAGGCGGUCGUUUGCUUCAGAUCAAAGCCCAGAGUUUUGCUACAGAUUGAACCAAGGGAGGGACAAUCUUCAUAAAAGAGACUCAAAAGGAAAGGGAAAGAAAAAUUGUUUUUUGUACGAGCGAAAGAGACCCCGAUGGAGUGGAUGUGUUUCGAUACUACUGCCAUAUAUAUAUAUUUAUGGGAUGGCAUAAAUAUACUGGGUGCCCAUGUUCGCUAGAUGAAGGAGAAGACUUUUUCUCAUAUAGGAAAAGAGACUCGCGUUGAACAAAAGGCAAGGUCAACCACAGCAAGAGAAGAAACGCUUCAAGGAAUCCCUCGCAGUUUUUGAAACCACACUUUUGUCGCUUUGUUCAAAAACCAAACGUGACCCACGACGACGGCAGACUUUUAAGCCUCAGAAAGGUCAGGUGAGGCAAACAAAAUGUAGUUUAUUUUGCGGUUAUUAUUUUUUUUUGGGGGGGGGAGUGUUUUUUCCCCCCUCUGUUUUGUUUUGUAUUUUAUUUUAUUUUUUGGCCAAAAUAGCAAAUAUUGAAACGUAAGCCCUCAGCAUCAACUCUUCUACCUUCUCGGAGCAACACACACCAAUAAUCCUCAAAAACCCAGAAGUCUUUUGUUAGACUUCUAAGUUUAAAGAAAGAAAAAGACUUGAAAGAGAUGAACCACAAAGUAUUCUACCUUCACAGAAAUAAAAGCUAAACAAACAAAAAAAUAUAUAAAAUAAAAAGACUAUGGAACUAGAAAAAAAAAGAACAGUCAACUGUUUACGUCGAAUGUUAAAUUCAGGAGCUCAACGUUUUACUAAAAUAAAAGGAAAAAAAACCCUGUUUUAGAACCUCUUGUUCAAAAGCAAAGUGUUUUGAGCAAUCAACCAAAAUAGUUUGUUUCUUUUUCCUCUUAAAAAAUCUUCUGUUUUUCUUUUUCUUCUGUAGAUGUUAUAAGGCAUUACAGGGCUUUGUGUUUCACUGUGCUAGUUUGUAAAGGUGGUGUUUACAGAAGGCAAAGAAUAAGAAUAAUACUACUACUAAUAAUAAAUAAAAAACCUUAUAAAAACCAAGAUCGUUGCCAAAUAAAACAAUUCUAGAGCACAAAUAUUCUUUUUUUUUGGAAGCGCGGCACCCACAGCCUGGGAAAAAACCUUUUCCGAGGUGAAAGCAGGGGGGGAAACAACGAACAUCUUUGCUAAUGUUUAGUCCUGUUCGACAUGAAUGGAAUUGUUAAUAUGACUUAUAUAGACCCACACAGGUUUUAUUUUUGUGUCUUUAAAAGAAAAAAAAAAGAAGUCCAAAAUAUUUAAAUUUUAUGGUCAAAUAUGCAGUCAGCAGCGGCUGCUUCCCCCCCCACACUUUAUAUAUUAAAAUUUCUCAUAUGUCUUUUAUUGUUCAAAUAAAACCUAAGCUUGUGUGACCUCCAGUGCAUAUUAGACCAUUCACUGUAUGAAAAAAGGGGGGUGGGCGGAAAAGGUGGAUGAAAAGAAUUUGUGAAUUUUUAAUAAAACUAGAAAAUCGGA